AUGCAGGAGGAUUUGGAACGAGCUUUGGACCGUGCGGACUAUGUCAUUGCAAGUGCCCAGCAGAGGCCUCCUAAAAGGAAAGGCUCCCCGAGUGGGAAAGCGUCUCUGUUUGAGAAACUGUAUGACCUCUAUGUGGAAGAAUGCGGGAAAGAGCCCGAGGCUGCGGAGGAAUUAAGAAGCAGCGUGAACUUGUUGGAGAAGCUCGUCAGGAAAGAGUCCUUGCCGUGCUUAGUGGUCACCCUAUACCCCAGAAAGGAGGGAUAUUCGGUGAUGCUUGAGGGCGGAAAGGGAUCCUAUUCGGAGACAGUUCGAUUGCCUUAUGAAGAAGGGGAGUUGCUUCAGUACUUGGACGCUGAAGAACUGCCUCCUGCCCUGGUGGACGUCCUUGAAAAGUGUCAGGUUAACUUUUUUCACUCUGGCUGUGUCAUAGCCCAAGUGCGGGACUACAGGCAGUGCAGUCGGGAGCCUCCAGGCUACCAGAGCAGACAUAUUCUCCUGCGCCCAACGAUGCAGACGUUAGCCUGUGACGUGCAGUCCAUGACCAGCGAUGACCAGACCUGGACCCAGGAAGACAAACUUUUGCUUGAGAGCCAGCUGAUCUUAGCUACAGCCGAACCACUGUGUCUUGAUCCUUCUGUAUCAGUAGCCUGCACUGCAAACCGGCUGCUCUAUAACAAGCAAAAGAUGAACACUCGCCCAAUGAAAAGGAGCUUCCAGAGGUAUUCUGCAUCCUCCCUGAACCAGCAGCAGGAGCUGUCCCAUCGUCCACCUCCUCCUGAGCUGAGACUGUGGGAUUUUUGCAAGAAAAGCAGAGAAAGUCAAGCAGGUCCGCAGUAUGACCUCAAAAUCUCGAAAGCGGGGAACUGUGUAGAUAUGUGGAAACAGAGGCCCUGUGACUUGGCCGUACCUUCUGUAGUAGACGUGCAGAAAUAUGCCAGAGGGAAGUCCGUCCAAUACUAUAGCUUGCCACCAACAGCCUGGCCAGCCCACAAGCUAGAAGGUGAUUCAGUACAUGGGCAUGAAGCUGGCGGUGAGUCUCAGACAACGCAGCUGACCGCCAUGCAGCCACCGAAGCACUCACCUUUGUCCGGAAACAGAAGGGCCUCCAAAGAAGCCAGAUGUGAGGGACAGGGGUCUCCUCCACACGCCUCCACGGAUGAGCGUCCAGACGGUGUCCUGCCUGGCUCAAAGACGGAUGCUGGGACGGAAGUCAUUCAAUCAGAGGUCUUGGCCCAGCAGGAGGCCAAAUGUCCCGUCACCGUGUCCCACAGCUCCAGUGGCUCAGCCAGCCCCAGCCAGCUGCCUCCCGGAAAAGAGCCGGCACGGCCUGAGAUGGCAUCGGUUUGGUCUUCAGUCCUGGGAAAGGGAGUCAGCCGUCCACCUCUACGCUUCAGACUUUCCGGGAGCUCAGGAGGGACGAGGUCAGGGAACAGUUUCGCCCAGGUGGAGGCAAACGGCUUCUUUAAAUCUCUAUCUCCUGCUCCUAAGCCUCCGAGGCUUUUCCAGAAUUCCUCUGUGGGCGCGAAUCUAGUGGGCACGUUUCCUGCAGCUGCCUGGUCCAGCGCCAGCUCACCGCAGAUAACCCCGACCACCCCGGUCAUGGCCAACUGCCUGCAGUCCUCGGUGAGUGUGACUCGAGUUAGCACGCUUCCUGCGGCCACACUGUCUACCAGCAGCUCAUCACAGAGAACCAUGGAUCCCCCAUUCACAGCCAGCUCCCAGGAAUCCCCUGUGAAAGCAAAUCAAGUUAGCAAGCGUCCUACGGCUGCUGUAUCCAGCACCAGCUCAUCACAGGGAACCCUGGCCCCCCUGCUCACGGCCAACUUGCAGAAACCCUCUGUGGAAUUGAUUCAAGUUAAAGCAUAUCCUGCAGCCACCUCGUCCAGCAGCAGCUCAUCACAAGGCGCCCUGGCCACCCCGGUCAUGGCCAGCUCCCAGAAGCCCUCUGAGAACCAGGUGACUCGAGCUAGCACGCUUCCUGCGGCCAUCCUAUCCGCUACCAGCUCAUCCCCAAGAAGCCAGGCCCCCCAGGUCACGGCCCGCUCUCCCAGCCCCAACAUCCUCAAAGUGGUGGGCCCUGUUUGUGGAGUCCAGGCUUUGGUGAGGGCUUGCAGCCCCGGGCAGGGCUCUGCCGCUGGGGCCACAGCGAAGGCAGGAACGGAGGCCGGCAGCCUGCCUUCAGGAGCUGGGCCCCCGAAUGUGGUGUCCGCUGCCCCGCAGGCUGCUUCUCCAGUGUGCGUUCAGCUGUUUUUAAAAGAUGCUUCGGGCCUCAAGCCAGUGACUCUGAUGGAGGUUCUGCAAGGCUCGCCCUCUUUGAACACCCAGCAGCAGCCAGGGCAGUGGCUCUAUCAGUUGAUCCCAGGAGCACAACUUCAGCAAGCCUCCGCUUCCGAGCCUAAGCAGCCAGCACCAGGGGGUUCCGGCACUCGAGGCUCAGCCCUUCCAGAGACGGCCUCGCCUGCUCAGCAAGCCAUUGUCCUCAACCUCCUCGGACAGGGGACUUUGCUGCAGCCCCAGGGAGCCAGCCCGAGAGGCGGGCUGAGCAGCCCUCGCGACACACUGCAGCCGCCCCCUGCGUCGCAGCCAUGUCCACUGCAGCAGGUGCAGCCGCAUGGCAUCUUGCAGCCCCCGGUGGCGGUGACAACAGCGGCUGCCCAGGUAACUCAGCCAUCUUGGGGCUGGCAGGCCACGAGCCAGUCCAAAGGAAAAACGAACAGAGGCCUGCCUACCCCUCCCAGCUCCUGA